GAAAUGGUCCCCGACGACUGCUCUUGUUGAUUCCCACUGAGCUUUUUGCUCUUUCUGCUCUGCCGCGUUCUCGGAUGCUCGAGUUCAUGGCGCGCGGUCUCGAGAGAGAUCUCCAGAGGAUUUUCUUCUCUCCCUUUGCCUGUUGCCUCUUACCGAGCCGCUUAUCUACCUGCCUGCUGCAGAGAGAGAGUUCAAGUGGUUUGACUGCCGAGGAGAAUAAGUCGAUAUGGGAGAGAAGGGAGCCGCCGCCGCCAACAUCGUGUGGGUGCUGCCGCUGGGGAUCUUUGACGCUGCCCUCAUCGCCUUGAAUGCCCUGCUGCUGUGCAGUGGGCUCCUGGGGCUGACCAUGAAGUGUGAUCCGACGCCGGGCUUGCCGAUACGAUGUGAGCAGUAAGAGGGAGGACACCGACUGGUGGACACUCACACGGUUCAUUCAUGCGUGUGUAUGCUGCUAAAAUUGAUAUCCACGCAGGCGUCGUCACGUUGGUGGGAGUCUUGCUUGGUGGCUUUGUGCUCCACCGACUCGCCAGUAAGCACGUCAGGCUUGCUCGCACUGACAGGGCCAUGUCGAUCGACAUGUGCACGUUGUGUGUGUCUUGUCGUGUUUCCAGGCUGCCCGCAGUCCGACAGGCGUGAUUGAUUCUCUUCGUACCCCUUAUCCAUCCACAUCCAUGCUGUCUGUGAGCGGGCCAUGCCAUUGUGACUCAGUGCAGCAGCAGCCGCCGCAGCAGCAGGGCUCAGUCCGCGAGCAGCGUGCCACCGGCGAGGGCUCUGCUGUCACGGACGGCGGCGUAGGCCGCCGUUGGAUGCUGCUCUGCGUGUUCCACGUCCAGCUGUAUGCCCUGCUUGCCGUGUCAAUAUUCUUCGGCGCCGAGUUGCGGGAGCUCCACAAGACCGGGCUCUCCCUCACCUACUGGUCAAAGUGCGACCCGGCCUUAACGACGUGUCGUUCUUUCUGGGUGGGAUGCUGAUCGAUGCGCUGAGGUCUCUCAACCAUAUUAUCCACCCUAAGCUGCCGGGGCGGCGGAGGAUACACCAGGCUGCCCGCAGUCCGACAGGCAGCUGAGCUGUGCAUCCCCUGCUUACACGUCCUCUAUGUGUGGAUGGACCGCGCCCUCUUGCUGCUCAAGCUCCUUAAUGGCUUCUUGCAGACAGACGGGUUUAUCAUGACCGUGUGCGGGUCUGUGCACGUGUUGGUCGAGUGGGUGGGGAGAUGGGUGAUGCACUCACGUCAUUUCUUGUGUUGAUACGCCGCUUCGUGGCCGGCCUCAUGUGAAGAGAUGAUGGGUGCAUUCGACUCGUCAGUCGUGUUGGUUGACUGAUGAAUUGGUCAGUUGUGUGCUAUAGAAGACGCUUAAAC